UCAUGCUGGAAGGCUGUUCCAAUACAUGAUCUGAAGACAAUGAAUGAGAAGAAGUAUGUGCUGUAACAUCUUAAGGCUCUGGAAUGUAUCUAACAUUAUUAUCAGAAAGGGCAAGAAAAAAAUAUUAAUGAUUGAAGAUGACACAUGGCCGAACAUUUUUUUUCCCAAUAUACCAGAAUAUAGGAUAAGGGUAAUGCCAAGACAAAUAAAAGGUGUUAUGUCCCAUCCACAAAACCCCUCAACACAUGCCUAAUAUGAUCAAUAUUGAAUUUCAUCUCGUCGAUAUAAAUUUUGUACAAAGAAGAACCUUUUGUAGUCAUAAUCUAAGAGAUAUGAACAGCUCUGUCAUUGCUUUCA